CUCUUAUUAAGGGGGAUGCACAGUGAGAAAACAUAGAUUUAGGUCAAAAAUAUCGAUAUUUUAAAAUUAAUUGAUUUUAAUAGUUUAAAAUGUCUAGAAUACGAAUUCCCUAUCAGAAUACUAAAAAAAAUACGUUUUAUACAUCAAUUUUGUAUUUUAAAUGUAGAUAUAUAAGCAAAAUUUUGAUGUUUUGGUGAAAAAUCAACAUUUUGUAAGCUAUAGUUGAUAAGCUAAUGUACGCUCUCAUCCCUAACAGAUGGUAUCGAUACAAAGGUCUACUUUUCUAGUUCCGAUUAUGUGCAUGGUUUCUCAUUCUAUAAAUAAAUAGUACUGCAAUGAACUUUCAAAAUACGUCACUACCUCUUUUUUUCCCCUAUAUCCUCAUAUACACACCCACAAAGCCAUAUUUACGCAUGCGCACCAUCAAAGCUUCUAUAGUUACUGUAAUUACACGCAUGCGCACUGAAAAAGCUUCCGUAACUACAAAGUAUGCACGCAUGCGCACAUGACGUGAACCGGUCCUUCUUCUGUAAACUUCCAUCACAUCAACAAUCGAUUCAUUAUUGAAACUCAGAAAUGCCAACAAAAGGUUAUAUGUUUGGAAAGAAAAAACGUUACUGUAAGCCCAGAGGACGACAUGCUUCAAAGACAAAUGCACAAUUACAAAGCUCUGUUUUGGAUACAGCUGGAUCUGAAGCAGCAACAACACAGCCUGCAAGUGCAGCUGAGCGAAAAAUAUCCCUAACUGCAGUUACUAACGCUGAUAACACCAAUAAGAGGCUGCCUGAAGAUUUCAUAUACGUCAUGAUGAAUUCAAUGCAAUUGACCACAAUGGUCUCCUUGUUGUGCUGUCCACAUUGCUUUGACAACAAAUUAACUAUGUGCAUCACACAAUCAAAAGGCAUGGCUCAUUUGAUUAAAAUCAAAUGCCUAAAUUGUGAAACAUAUUUGUGGUCCGACUGGACCUCAAAAAAAAGUAAUGAUGUUCAUCUGGAUAUUAAUGUCCGCGCUGUCGCUGCAUUAAAAGAAUCUGGAAUCUCGCAUUCUAAAUUUGAUAGGUUUUGUGGACUUAUGAGUAUGCCCUGCAUGCACAGAAAUACUUAUAACAAUCUAGCUAACAUAGUCAAUACCGCUAUAAUUGAAGCUGGUGAAGAAUGUAUGAUUAGGGCAUCUGCUGUUGUGCAUGGAAGAAACAUUUCACAACCUCUAACUACAGAUGAAAGAAUAAGUUCAACAGGCUGUCCUGUUAUUACAGUUUCUUUCGAUGGGACUUGGCAUAAAAGGGGCCACUCAUCUCAUUCAGGAAUUGGCACAGUUAUUGAUUUUGAUACUGGACUCGUCAUCGACACCGAAGUCCUAUCAAAUUAUUGCCAUGUUUGUGAUUCAAACUCUGCAGAACUAAACUUUGAUGCCUCUAAGCAUAUGUGUCAAAAAAACUUCAGUGGCUCAGCAAAUGCAAUGGAGGCCGCAGCAGCAUCCAAAAUCUUUUCGCGCUCUGUGGCAUCCAGAAAACUUGUUUAUGGCACGAUGCUGUGUGAUGGCGAUAGUAAAUCGCAUUCAUCUGCCAUUACCAACUCAGGAUAUGAUGUAGAAAUCUUAAAAGAGGACUGCAUUAACCACAUCUCAAAAAGAAUGUUUAAUGCUUUGAACAAUUUAAAAAUGUCUAACAAAAAAGAACUAAAUUAUAGGCUUACAAAGCCAAAAAUUGAAAAAAUUACAAAUUACUAUUCCAAAGCUCUGCGCCAAAAUGCUCCCGACAUUCAAAAAAUGAAGCUGGCUGUUAUGGGCUCAUUUUUUCAUAUGAUGAGCUCAGACCUAGAUCAUAACCACAGGUUGUGUCCUGAUGGCGCUACAUCUUGGUGUCACUUUAAGAGAUCAGAGGCACUAAAACAGCCAUAUAAAAAACACAACCAGACCAUCACAUCAGAAAUAGGUAAACUGUUAUUUCCUAUAAUGAAAAGACUAACAGACACAGAUCUGUUAAAAAGAUGUUCUAGAAUGGGAACACAAAACGCCAAUGAAUCUUUUCAUUCCCUCAUUUGGCAAAGAUGCCCCAAAACAGAAUUCGCAACAUUAAAAACGGUAAGGGCUGCGACAUACCUUGCUGUUUUAGCCUUCAAUAAUGGACCUGUUGGCAUCAGAUCAGUUUUUGACAUAUUAGGCAUUCCCUGGACACUAAAGAACAUUUCUUCUAGUGAGAAAAAGCAAAAUGUCAAACUACAGCUUGUUAGAAAAAGAAAAUCAAUCGCAUUAGUGUCCAGGAGAAAAAACUUGAAAAAACGAAGAAUUGAGCAUGAGCACCGGGCAGAGGUUCUAGAAGGUCCAACCUAUCAAUCAGGCCAUUUUAAUGAAUAGUUUUUUGUUUUUUUUAUUAUCUAUUAUGUUGUUUUAUGUAAAUAUUCCCUUUUUUUUCAUUUUUAUGGUUACAAUAAAUAUUUUAUAUCAUUUUAAAAACUUUAAA